AUGAAUAGUAUAACUAGUAAUAAUAAUGAUAAUAAUGAUAAUGUUAGCGAUAGCAACAACAACAAACAAGAUGAAAGAAAGAGUGAAAUCUUUAAAAGUAUAUUCAACAACAAGUACCUACGAACAAUGAUAAUGAGAGAAACACAUCAUCAUUGCCCUCAUUUUAAUCAUCAUAUCAUAUCAUUGAAUGAAUGUAUUCUGUUGAAUCAUACCAAUCUAUUCAUUCAAAAAAAUGAAAAUCGAGUCGCAUUUGAUUUUGUUGUUGAUAGAUUAGGUGGACUGCCACUCGACUUUAUUCAAUUUCUUAGUAAUGAAUGGAAGCCGAUGGAAUAUAGUAUUCUACGUGAUAUUCUAAAUAAUAGUACAGACAACAAAGAACGAUAUUAUGCCAAUUGUCAUCACCUCAAAUUCAAGAAUUUAAUCAACAAAUUAAAUCAACAACAACAACCACAAGACAAUAAUAAUAAUGAUGAUGAAUCAAAAUAUCAAAUAAUAUAUUAUAUGGUAAAGAAAUUAUUGGAAUAUGGAAUGGAUUUAAGAGUUAAUUUAUUUGUGGAUGCAUUGGAAUGUGAUAAUAAUCAAGAUAUUAUAAAAUGGAUAAAAGAUAGUUUUGGUGGUAAAUCAAUUGAUAACUUUGAUUUCUUUAAACGCAAUUAUGUGCUUAUUCCUAUUAUUGAAAGAUAUGCAUCAUUGGAGACAUUGAAACUAUUAGAAUUUCCACCAAUUUUCUACCCAAUGUCAACAACUGCUGCGAUGUAUGGUAACAAAGGUUUCAUCUCAUACAUAAUCACCCAUAAUUACAAGUAUGUGUAUCACUAUCCUCAAAUAGAAACAGCAUUAAAGGAAGGUCAAUUGGAAUGCGUGUAUUUGUUAAAUGAUGCUAUUCUUAAAUUCGAUAAAUUGGGCGAUAAAGGAUACUGUCGUAUCGAUCUGUUUUACAUUGAUAGCAUACAUCCAUCAAUCAUGUCAUUGGAUCUUGUCAAACUAUUGGGUGCUAAUCCAUUUUUAAGAUUGACAGUUAAAGCAUUGGCACUUUCAGCAAUCUCUGCCAAACAAUUAGACACUCUCAAUCAUAUUCUAUCUUGCAAUGGACAAGAUGUAAUAUUAAAAGAUCAAGACAAGAGUAGUUUUGUUGUUGGUGCUUUGUAUGUUGAUAAUACAAGUAUCAUAGAGUAUCUAUUAAAUAGAUUAUACCCAAACAGCAGUGGUUCAAUAACAUUCCAAGUGACAACAGACAAUCUUUACAAAAUGGUUCCUCAAUCACUUGAAUAUUUAUAUUCAAAGACUCAUUCACUCGAUAUUAAAGUACCCCCAACUCAACAUACUUUAAUCACAACUACAACAAAAAAACAACCAAUUGAUAUACCUCUAUCAUUUAGUCAAAUACUCGAGUUGAUUGUCAGUCGCCAACCAAUCAAUACUAUCGAACCUUGCGUGAUCCUUUCACGAUUUGGAUAUUUUGAUAGCAACAUUCAAGUGUUAACAGAUGUGUUACCACGGUUGUCUUGGGAUGGUUGGGAAAGUCCAGUCAAAGAAACAAUAAUAACAGCAAGUAAAAAUGGAUUGGUCAAUGUCUUGAAAUGUUUGGUCACUGAUUUUGACAGUUUUGUGGAUUCAUUCACUGCGGCAUUGAAAUACCAUCAAAUCAAUGUUGUAGAGUAUUUAAUCAAAGAACAUAUUGCACUCUUUAUUACUAUUACUGAUAAUCGGGCUACUCGAGCCAGGGUUCAACUAUUAUCGUUAUUUUUCUUUAAAAUUGACGAUGACCAACGAUUUGCAUCAUUUUGGAAUGAUUUUAAACCACUCACAACAAACUCAGAUAUCGUCUCUCAAAUAAUGUGUUCGUCACCAUUACCUCAAACUCAUCGACACCGUAAUACCUUAACGAUUGAUAGAAUUAUUCAAAACUAUUCAAGAUUUUAUAAUGGUCCUGAAAGAGAUCAAUAUCAAAUGAAAACAUUACUAUUGGAAACAAAUCGAGACCAACACCCAUUUAAUGUUUGCUAUAUUGUCAAACGAUAUAGACACGAUGAAAAUAUUAAUAAUAAACAAUAUUAA